GUUGGAGUCAGUCGUUAUCCGUGUUCUGUAGGCGUUGUUCGGUCGUGGCUCGUGAGAAUAGUAACAUUUCUUGAAAAAAUCUUCAAACACCGCUCAUUGUUUUAGAACCGUCCGGCCAGGUGUUGAGCCACCUUUUUUGUGUGUACGCAGUUUUUCCCCCUUGUGUUAUAGAUUUGUGCUUAUCUCAUUCAUUGUUGAUGUACAUGUAUCUACAGGUCUCAAUGCUUGCUUGAGUGUUGUUAAAUUACCGGGCUCAAAAUUGAAACAUCAGCAGGUGCAUCUUUCGCACAGCAUCCAACACGCGUGGUGCAUAAUAAUCAUACCAUCGGAACCGAUUAUUUCUUUCCGAGACCCUCGUCGCUCUCCGAGUCUUGGUCUUGAAGUUUGAGAAGAACAAGUUCAAUUUCAAUAGCUCUAUUAUCGUUGCUGCUCAAUUGUUUCGGGAUUUCCGGUGUGGUAUUUCUCGGUAAAAAGUGAAAAAAAAACAAAAGAAAGUGUAUUGAUCCAUCCAAGGAUUCAGUAACCUGCAAAAUGUCAGCUGACGGAGAGCUUUCGUCGAUCCUGAACCGCCGCCAGCAAAUAAACGACGCCCUCGAGAAUGGGCAGGAGGUGAAGCACUCGUAUCGGCGGGUUAACAUCUAUACCGAAUUCCACGAGUUUUCGAGAUCUGAAAUAAAGGACUACCAGGCGACCUUCAGCAAGUACGAUGUCGGCGCUGAUGGUUUCCUGGAUUUAGCCGAGCUCAAGUUCAUGAUGGAAAAACUCGGCGCCCCCCAGACUCACCUGGGCCUGAAAGCGAUGAUCGCGGAAGUUGACGAAGACAAGGAUGGCAAGAUUUCGUUCCGCGAGUUUAUGCUGAUUUAUAGAAAAGCACGUGCUGGUGAGCUGGAGUCCGAUUCAGGUCUGGAUCAAUUGGCACGUCUUACCGAGAUCAAUGUGGACGAGGUCGGCGUUAAUGGGGCUAAAAACUUUUUCGAAGCAAAAAUCGAACAGCAACUGCGGACGAACAAAUUCCAUGAUGAGAUCAGGCAAGAACAGGAGGAGAAACGCCGCCAAGAAGAGGAACGAAUAAUGCGAAGACAACAGUUCCAGCAGCGCGCAGCCGUUUUCCAGUGAAUUCCAGCUACCGGAGUCGAUAUUUGAGCGAUGUGGUGGUAUCCGAAACGAUGGACGAACUUUUGAAAACCGACAACAUUUGAAAAAAAAAUCAAGUAGCCCCACAACAGUUGCUAAUCAGGAAUUCUCGUCUCGUGUAUUUCAUCAUCAUCGUUACGCUCAACGCGCUACAAGUAGUUUUGAAACAGAAGGUUUGACAACGGCUCACUCAUAAGGUGUGAAUUGAACCGACCAAGUUUGUAAAUGUGUAAAUGUUUUUCCCCUUUAGUUCUAAACUGUGAAACUAGUUUUUCACUUUAAGUUAGUGUUUCAAUCAUAAGUUAGUUGAAAAAAGUGUCAUUUUAAUCUGCGAAAAAGUUAUCAGAUAAAGUUUUAUUUUGUCAUUGCAAGUAUAUGGAAUGUAAUUCAAGGAAUCUGAGUACCAUGUGAUAAAAGCGUAUCAAAGGAAUUUAAGAGAGAAAGUAGUAAGCCUUAAAAGUAGUUAGUGUUGGUAACCAAAAAAAAGCGAGUCAAGAAUUCAACACAUGGCCAUAUUUCAGUUACUUUUUUUUCGAUUACUAAGAGGCAUCAGUAGUAAAAGUUGCCAACAUUUUAUUUUAAUUUCUUUUAAACGUUUUAACAAAAAUCUAAUAUAACCAACAUUGUUCCCUCGUUGCUAUAGCAUAAAAAGCAGAACCUAGCGUCCAUGUGCAACCAAAACAAAUUUGAACGGCAGAUAGAUUGUAUCUCAGAAAAAAUAGGCAUAUCCAGGACAUGAGACUAAAUGUCAACGAACGAGUUGUCUCAUGAUGUUUCAGUCAGAGGGUAAGGUUGACGAGUAUGGUAGUUCAAAAAGAUGAGACAUAUUUUUGAUAUCAAGGAUACACUGUAUAAUUUGGUUUGAAAAGGAGAACAGUUUGAGUAGAACAAAUAAUAUGGUUUAAGCUUAUAUGAGACAGAACUUGAAUCUCAUGAAUCAAUUCUUUACACCUAUAUAACAACACCAUGUGAGCAAGUAUCCUGUUCUAUUGAUCUAUGUCAAAAAGUUGAUAAACAAUAUACCAAAUGUAUCUGAA